ACUUCGUGAUAUGUAGUACAUUUCCUCUCUUUGUGCACGCUACCGGGACCAGACUUCUGGCGCCGCUGACCCGGAGGAGAGGGAAUUCCUGUACCAGGACAGGGGUUCCAAGGACUAAGCCACACAGCAACAGGGUGGUCCAAAAAAGCCAUCAAGAUACAGAAGAUUUAAUUGAGUACUAGGAAUCUAAUCAGGCAGCUAGCUUGGUGGCAUGGCCUGAAGUCAGGAAGACUCAUCUUCUCCAAUCUGGCGUCAAGACACUUACUAGCUGUGGGACCCUGGGUUCUAUAUACUGAAAUGAACUUCUGAGUAUACAUAAUGGAAGUCCAAAAGGCAGAGCCAAAGCAGACGUUUUUGUACCAACCUGUCCUUUACUUGAGAAGAGCGAUGCAAAAGAAUUUUUCCUAGGUGUUUUUUAAGUGGUCCAUAUAGUGAUUAGUUCCCAUCAUGCUUCGUUUGAGGGCCGCUUAUGAAUCCUUCUGGAGAAUCUUUGAGCGUGGAUCUAAAACCAUCGACCCUUUACUUAGCCAAAUAAGCAAAUGUGUGAAUGAAGAACAGAUUUUUGAUAUAGUUGGAAACAAUAAAGCCAAACUUUCAGAAAAGCAUGUGGGAUAUGCAUAUAAAGUACUUUGGCAACUUCAAAAGGGAAAGUCCAACUUGAUGAGAAAUAUUCCUUAUGUCAGAGACCAUCCUCAGUUUCUUACUCUUCGUAUUUUAGCUAAGGAUAAAAUUGAAUUAAUGGACGAUGAUACCCUGGUGAAUGUAUUAUAUAUUAUGUUAAGGUUUGCUGUUGAGGCCCAUGAUGCUUUAGUUGAGCACCUGGUUAUGGAAGCAUGGAGGAGGGUGGAAAGGUUUGACCUUAAAAUACUGUCAAAAUUCUCCACCUGCCUAGUGGAUCAACAGAUGCAUGUUAGUCCUUUAAUGGGAAAAAUAGCUGAUGCUGUAAACAGGAACUUGGAUUCAGUUCAGGACUUAAGGACAUUGUCUGUCUUGAUGGUGAAUAUCUCUUCUGUUAUCUCACAAAAUUUUUGUGAACGAAUUGUGAACAAAACAGAGCUUCUCUUAGACACAACCGAUCCUUCCCUGUUUAAUACUUCAAUAAGAAUAGUGCGAUUUCUCCAAAAUAUUCACUAUAAUUAUCACUCAUUAUUAGAAAAGUGCAAUUGUGUGUUCAUCAACAAUAUUGCUCAUCUGAAUUUGGAUACCCUCAGUCUUAUUCUUGCACUGUACCAGUCUCUGCAGUUUAAUAAUUUUCCAUUUCAAGUAUUAGCCAGAGAGGAACUCUCUAAAAUGAUUGCUCUUUACAAUGAUCCUGCUUCCUUCAUAAAAUUAUUUGUUGCCUUGGGACCUUUGGCUGGACCAACAGAAAAGAAACAGCUUAUGUCAGCUCUACAAAUGAUGAUGGAUGAACUGACCAGUCAAGAAGCAUUAGCCAUAGUUGUCACAAUGGGCAAAAUGAAUAGCAAACAUUCACAUCUGAUUGAAAAAAUUUCUUCUGUCUUACACAAAUACUUGCAUGUCUAUAAACCAGUGGAACUGGCAAAGAUAACCAAAGCCUUGGUUCACUUGAAUCUUAAUCAUCCAGAGCUUUUUAGGAUUAUCAGAGAACUACUGCUUAGCCACUUGAGAAAUAAUGUUAAACCUAGUGAAAUUUCUGUGCUGGUCCAUGCUAUCACCAUGCUUCCUUCUCCUUGCUUGGAUGAACCAGGGUUUUCCCGUGUGGAAUCCAUUCUACCACAAUGCAAUUUAAGUGAUCUAAAUGCUUUUGCAUCAUCUCUUUCAACAUGGUUUCAACAUGACCAUUCAUAUCUGGACAAUGCUUAUCAGAAAACUAUCAAGCUACUUCCACAAUUAAAUAACUAUGGUUAUAGGAGAUUACAAAAAGCCAACAAUUUGAAUGUAUUGUGGAAAGAACUUAAAUAUGUUAAUGGAGAAUGGUUUGAGGAAGAACUUCUUGCAGAAACAAUUGUCACCUUGCAACGCUUGGGUGACCAAAUCACAUAUUCAAAUAUUACCAACCUAUCAUCUUUUAUUGUCAAGGCUAACUACCUUAGUGCUCCAGUGCUUGACAAGAUAGCUUCUGUGACUAUCCAGCAAAUUGAUAAGAUCCAUCCUUUGGCAAUCCAUUCUAUCUUACUUCCCUUCAGUGUCCUUAAAUAUGAUCCACCUCAGAAGGAUGAAUUUUUUGGAGCUUGUAUCCAGAGCCUUAACUCCCAUUUAAGUGUCUUUCAACCUCAUAUCUUAGUGUUUCUUGGUUUUACGUUGGCUCUUGCUGAGUAUUUUCCAGAAGAUCUGAUAAAGGCAAUAUUUAACAUUGAAUUCCUGGCCAAGUUGGAUUCACAACUUCAAUAUUUACCUCCUUUCUUAAAUACAAGAACCUACAACCGUCUCAUGGAAUACAAUAGAGCAGUCUGUGUGGAAUGCCCCGGAUUUGACAUUCCUUGGUUUCAUGACCAUUAUUGUCAGCAACAGUACAAUAAAGCUAAUGACAGCAUCAAUGCAGUGCAACACCAGGUUUACAAAAUGUUGGGGGAAAUCCUAGGAGGACCCAAUUAUGCAAAACCAUCAGCUCUCACACCUUAUGGCUACAUAGUGGAUUUUGAAUUUAUCUUGGAUAAAAAGAAAAAGCCUCUUCUUCAUAGAAGUCAGGAUGUGGUUUUGAAUAAGUUGCCAGGUGUCCACUGGGGACCAGAUUCACACGAUAGUAGGUCAGAACUGCCACCAGGAGCACAAAGGGUUGCUUUGGACUUUUUGGACUCACGAGCAUUUUGUAAAAACAUCCCCCACUUAAAGGGAAGAUCUGCUAUGAAAAAAAGACACCUGGAAAUUUUGGGUUAUCGUGUGAUUCAGAUUCCUUAUUUGGAAUGGAAUUCAAUGGAGUUAUCAACAAAGGAUGCCCGGCUGGAGUAUUUGAGAGAGCACAUGUUUGCAGAUGUCAAAUCAUGAUGACAAUCUUUAUUUAUGAUACAUCACAUCUUAGACUUAAGUUAUAAUAGAAAAUAUGAACUUGAUUAAAAUCAAUACUGUGAAAUAUUUAAGACAUUAAAAAAGAGAAUAUUGUUACUGUGUAACAGCCCUGGAGUUCUUCAAAUGGAGAUUUCUAAAAAUUGCAUGCUUUCCCCCAUGAAGCACUGUGACUUCUUUUGGUAUGAAAGCCAUGUAUUUUUUUGACUUAACAAUGGAUUGCUAAUUAUACCUGAAUAUAUUUUUUAAGAGCCAUGUAUUCAGGCAGUUUAUUGGCACCUGAGGCCUUGCUACAUCUUGAUAUUAGAAAGAGAUUUAUAACCUACUAGUUUUCUGUUUGCUUCAAGUCAGGGAUCCGGAUUGUAUAGGCUUUAUCUUGUAGCAAUUUAAAAUGAACAGUAGGAAAGAUAGUCUCUUUAAUCUUGCCCAAAUAUAUGUAAUACUAAACUCUGUGAUGUUCAAGUGGCCAAAUAUUAU